CACGCCUCUACUCUGCCUCUUCCUCCCUCCUUUCUGUCUUCCUCUACUCGCCCUCUCUCUGGUCUGUUCCCUCUCUUGGUUUGGGUGGGCAUCAGAGCAGGAUGCAGGGCAGGGUGUGUGGUGUGUGGAGUGUGUGUGUCCUGCUGUCGCUGACACUGGGAUGGAUCCAGGCUCAAAGCCAGACUACCAACUUUACCAGGCCUGUCUUCCACUGCGGAGGUCACCUGGUGACUGACUCAGGCUUCGUGGGCAGUGAGGGUUUCCCCAGCCACUACAAACCCAACCGCAAAUGCACCUGGUACAUCACUGUCCCCGAGGGCCACGUGGUCAUGCUCUCCUUCCGCAUGUUUGACCUGGAGGCCGACCCCACCUGUCGCUAUGACUACCUGGACGUGUACAACGGCCACUCGCACACGGUGCAGAAGCUGGGGAGGUUCUGUGGGACGUUCCGACCAGGGGCUCUCAUCUCUACCUCCAACACCAUGAUGCUGGAGAUGGUGUCUGAUAGUAGCACCGGAGGACGGGGGUUCGUGGUUCACUACCAAGGAGGGAAACCACACAUGGACGAGAACCAGUUCUGUGGGGGUAGACUAACGAAGGCUCAAGGUUCCAUCAAGACGCCCAACUGGCCCAACUCAGAUUACCCAGCAGGCAUCAGCUGCUCCUGGCACAUCUCCGUGGAGGCCAGCAAUGUGAUCGAGGUCAAGUUUGAGAAGUUGGAUAUAGAGGCUGACACGUACUGUCGCUAUGACUACGUGGCAUUCUUUAAUGGGGGUGAGAGGGACGACUCGCGGCGAAUCGGGAAGUACUGUGGUGACAGGGUACCAGGGACCAUAGUGACCAAUGGGAACGAGCUCCUGGUGCAGUUUGUGUCUGACCUCAGUGUGACCUCCAAUGGCUUUAUGGCCCACUACUCCAGUGUGCCCCGGGGGUCCCGGACGCCCUCCUCGGGGGAAGACACCACCCAUGGGCCUCGGGUCACCGCCACACCCCAGAAACCUACCUCCAAGCUGGCCAAACCGGCCCGGACCGCUCCUAAACCCAAGCCAGCCAUCGGGGCCAAGCCCACCCCAAAACCAGCCACCAGACCUGGGGUGAGGAUACCAGUGAAGCCUCCACCACGUAAGCCUACAGCCAAGCCUGGAGUCAGACCCAUACCUAAACCGAAACCCACUAAGCCUAUUCCUAAAGCUGGGGCUAGGCCUACUACUCAACCUGUUACCAAGACUAAACCAACCCCUAAACCUAGCAUCAAGGCGAAAUCCAAACCAGUGAAACCAACUAAGAAACCCUUCUCUAAGCCUGGAGCCAAGGCCACACCAAAACCAGGGGCCAAACCAGUGAAACCAACUAAGAAACCCUUCUCUAAGCCUGGAGCCAAGGCCACACCAAAACCAGGGGCCAAACCAGUGAAACCAACUAAGAAACCCUUCUCUAAGCCUGGAGCCAAGCCCACACCUAAACCAGGGACUAAGCCUAAAACCACAGCCAAGCCUGGACAGAGCCGGACUAAGACUGUGACUAAGAAACCUGCUGUGAGCAAAAAAAUCCUACCGACGAAUCAGCUGUGUACCCUGGCUUGUAAGAGGUCAGGAACACUCCAAUCCAACUUCUGCCCUAAUGAUUUCGUGAUCACAGGGAAGGUGACAUCCUUGGUCCCAGGCCCCAGGGGCAGUGUGACUGCGGAUGUGUCUCUCAUCAAGGCCUAUAAGAGUGGCCGCCUGGCCAUCACCAAAUCAGGACCAGCCAUGUCCGUCAAACUCACCUCCACCUGCAGGAAUUGCCCCGGCCUACGCAAAGGAGCGAACUACGUGUUGAUGGGCGAUGUGGAUUUGCAGGGGCGUGGCCUUCUCACCCCCUCCAGCUUCGCUCUCCUGUACAAGGCGGUCCACGCCAAAGCACUGGCCAAUCUCGCCCGCCAACCAUGCUGAUCAUACAGCCCAGUCCACCAGUCAAAGAGUGGGAAACCUGCCAUUCCUCCUACCAACCAACAACUGCACUACAACUGUCCAAAUAUGAGUCGUUAGAAUAUACGUUUAUGAAAAACGACCAAAGAUGGCUUCCGAAAGGUUAGGGGCACAGGGCUAACCAUUACAUACAGUAUUGAAAAUCUUUUUAUAUUGCUAUAUUAUUAUUUCGUCUUUUUUAUACGCUCAGAUAUACUUAUUUGUAUUUGUAUGUAAAUUAGGAUAUUUCUGUGAAUAAAGGAUGUAUAUCGCAAA